UCGUAACACCGUUUAUAAACGGUUAUGCUGAAGGUUCCUGCGGUCGAAGCUGUACGAGAGAUGGUUAUGGCAGCUGGACGUCUCUGAAGAGUUGCAGAAGAGAGAGAGAAGAAAAUGUAUUAAACGACAGCAAUUGCUCGCUACGAGAAAUAGUAGGAGAUGUCAGAGCUAGGGUUUCCAGAGGGAAGCUGCUGAAGGAUUUAUCUGCACGUUGGGAAUUUCGAUCCCCGUUUCUAGGGUUUUGAUAUCUUUCUUUCUUGCUUUGUGUCUGCUGAAUUCGCUUCGAGGAGUUGCAGAUGGGAGAUCUGUGCUGAAAAUCGGUGUUUGGAGCUGCUAGGGUUUUGGAAUCCUGGUUUUUCUGGUGAAGACCUUGGAGGAGUUGCAGAUGAGAGAUCUGGUGUUGGAAUUCACGUGUUUUUGGUUUUUGAUCUCUGCUUCUGGCGCCUUUCAACUUUGAUUUCUGAUUUCUCCAGUGAAAGUAGACUGGAGCUGUUUCGGGCGGGAGAUCUGGGUUGAAAUUCUCUCGGUUUGGUUUUUUAAUCGCCGAUUGUGUUGGUUUUCUGUGUUUUGAGCUUGCUUGGAUUUUGGAUUUCUCGUUUUUGUUGCGGAAAUCGACUUGAACGGUUGUAAAUGAGAGAUUUGUUUUGAAAUUUUUAUGAUAUGGCUUCGUCUGAGGUUUUGUUGAAGGGGAGAGGCGUUACUGGCCGUGGAGAGAGCUUCCCUUCCGGUUGUAGCGAGCCGGAUGAUGGUGGAAUUGCGAGAAAGGCGAUUUCAACAGCUUCUCCGGCCGCCGGAAAAGAUUCGGAAGAUGCACUUUAUACUGAGCUUUGGCACGCCUGUGCUGGACCGCUGGUUACGGUGCCGCGGGAAGGAGAGAGAGUUUUCUAUUUUCCACAAGGGCAUAUAGAACAGGUCGAGGCCUCAACAAAUCAAGUUGCUGAUCAGCAGAUGCCGGUUUACAACCUACCAUCUAAAAUCCUUUGCCGUGUUAUCAAUGUCCAAUUGAAGGCGGAACCUGACACAGAUGAGGUUUUUGCUCAAGUGACUUUGCUUCCUGAAGAAAAUCAAGACAAUACUGCAGUGGAGAAAGAGGCCUUGCCUGCUACCCUGCAGCGCCCCCAUGUGUAUUCCUUUUGCAAGACGCUGACUGCUUCGGACACAAGCACCCAUGGUGGAUUCUCUGUGCUGAGGCGGCAUGCUGAUGAAUGCCUUCCACCUCUGGACAUGUGCCGUGAACCUCCAACACAAGAGUUGGUAGCCAAGGAUUUGCAUGGGACAGAGUGGCGCUUCCGCCAUAUCUUUCGAGGUCAACCAAGGAGGCACCUUCUUCAAAGUGGUUGGAGUGUCUUUGUCAGCUCGAAACGCCUUGUCGCAGGGGAUGCUUUUAUUUUUCUCAGAGGUGAGAAUGGUGAACUUCGUGUUGGAGUGAGACGUGCUAUGAGACGGCAGAGCAAUGUUCCAUCUUCUGUCAUAUCUAGUCACAGCAUGCACCUUGGUGUCCUUGCAACAGCAUGGCAUGCCAUCUCAACAGGAACCAUGUUCACUGUCUAUUACAAACCCAGGACAAGCCCUUCUGAGUUCAUUGUUCCUUUCAAUCAAUACAUGGAGUCUGUCAAAAACAGCCAUUCCAUAGGGAUGAGAUUCAAAAUGAGAUUCGAAGGUGAAGAAGCUCCGGAGCAGAGGUUUACAGGCACCAUUGUUGGCAUAGGAGAUGUAGUUUCCAACAAGUGGCCUGGAUCCAAAUGGAGAUGCCUGAAGGUGCGGUGGGAUGACACUUCUUCAAUUCCUCGUCCAGAGAGAGUUUCUCCUUGGAAAAUAGAACCUGCGUUGAUACCUCCUGCUCUAAAUCCCCUCGCAACACCCAGAUCGAAAAGGUCCCGAGCAACCAUGGUGCCUUCUUCUCCAGAUUCAUCAGUUCUUACGAGGGAAGGUCCAUCUAAAGUCACAAUAGACCCUGCACAAGUACAUGGAUUCUCGAGGGUCUUGCAAGGUCAAGAACUGACGACCUUGAAAGGCACAUUUGCUGACAGUAACGAGUCUGACACUGCUCAAACGCAUGUCGUAUGGCCUACCUCACAGGAUGAUGAUAAAAUUGACAUUGGCUCUGCUCGGAGAAGAUUAGGGUCGGAGAAUUGGAUGCAGAUGACAAGGCAUGAAUCAACUUGUACAGAUCUCUUAUCAGGAUUUCGAACUCCCAAUGACUCAAAUGGGUUCUAUUCGCCACUCAUCGACCAAGCUCCAAAUGAUGUUAGUCACCUAAAGAAGCGCUUUAAAGAUCAGGAACAGAAAUUCAACUUGCUCUCAGGCCCAUGGUCUAUGAUGCCUUCGAGCCCAUCACAAGACACGAGGGAAUCUAGCUUGAAGAUGCCAGUACAAGCUUGUGAGAUGCCUUAUCAAAAAUCUGGAAAUGUUAGAUAUAAUCCGCUGGGUGUUUAUUCUGUACUGCAGAAUGUUGGAGUCGAGCAACAUCCAGGGAACUGGUUUACACCAUUGCUGUCACCAUCCCAUUUGGGGAAUUCCCCUCAUUUAAGGGGGGCAAAGUCUCAACUAGCCUUGUUACCAGAACAUGAGGCGAUAAAACCCAAAGGAGAUGGCAACUGUAAGCUCUUCGGGAUUCACCUGAACAGUAAUCCUGGGCCAGUCGAACCUGCAAAAUUCCAUGUGAAUGAAACUUAUGAGACAGAGUCCCAAACUCCCACAUCGCACCAGCCACAAGCUUUGGAAUCAGACCAACAGUCAGAGCCACGGAAGGGUAGAAAAUCAGCAGAUACUCCUUUUGUGGAAAGUGAGGAGAAACCUCAACCUUGUCAGCAACUUUCUAAAGAUGUUCAGAGCAAACAUCAGAGCAGUUCAACCAGGAGUUGCACUAAGGUUCAUAAGCAGGGGAUUGCUCUUGGGAGGUCUGUUGACCUCACAAAGUUCAAUGGAUAUGAUGAACUGACUGCUGAGUUAGACUGGAUGUUCGAAUUUAAGGGUGAAUUGAUGCCUCCCAACAAAAAUUGGCUGGUUGUAUAUACGGAUAAUGAGGGUGAUAUGAUGCUUGUUGGAGAUGAUCCCUGGCAGGAAUUCUGUAGCAUGGUUCGCAAGAUUUUCAUCUACACAAAGGAGGAGGUCCAGAGCAUGAAUCCAGGGUCUUUGAACCCAAAAGUCAAAGAAAGUCCAGUUGAAAAUCCACAUGUCGCAGAAGAAAGAAUAGUCGUGCAAGAAACUCCGCCCUCACUGGAAGCUGAUCCAGAGAACUGCUAGCUUUAUGCAUGGUUGGUGUGGGAUUGAAAUUGACAGGAGAGAAGCUUCUAUGGACCAUCUGGUACAGCGAGCGCUGCUUAUUCCUAUCUAGGCACAUGAACACAUGCUUUAGAUCUUAGGUCUCCAUAGGAUGGGUUGAAGUGUUCAGGUCUUCUGGACUAGGAAUCCAAGCCAUUUUACAUCUCAGAUGGGCCACACCAUACAAACCAAUACGAUGGGUUAGUUGUUUCAACUAUCAGUUUUACAUUGUAUAUUGCCGCCAACCUGAUGGUUGCAUCAGGUUAAUGUUUUAUGUAGAUGAUUUUCAAGGAGGGUCCCAUGUUUUAGAUGACUCUGAUUAUUGUAUCAUUUCCAUGCAUGGACCCACAAGAACCAAGUAGAGGGUGUGCGGGGAAACUGAACUAUGUAGAGCCAUAUACUAGGCUUCUGUCUAGUGCAUCUCAAAAUAUAAUUUAAAUGAUGUAAUAUAGCUAUACAAAUGCAUGUACAUUGAGUGGACGGUUAAAGUGAGUAAUAUCCAAUGGUUUGAAAUUAGCAAAACUAAUGAUUAGGUA